UCUCUUUAAAUUGGAUAUAUAUAUAUCGCUGAUAAUUAUUAAAAAAUUGAUGUUAUGAAUAAUGAUGGUGCUAUAACAUGUACAUCAUUGUUGUUUAAGCCUAACUAUACAAAUACAUAAAAAAGUAGCCUAAGCUGAAUUAAAAUUAAAUAUAUAUAUAUACACAUAGAAGAAAAAAGAGAGUAUACCAUUCGCGCGAAGAAAUUCUAUAAAAACAAUAAAAUAAUCUAACAAAUUUGUUAAGGAAGUGUGAAGAGCUUUCUAAUCUCUAAUAAUAGUAUUGCAUUAGUCAAAUUGUCUUUGAUAUUGUCAAGAGAAAAUCUGAAAAAAAUUGAUUAACUAUUUAAUUAUUAAUAACAAAUACGAUUUAAUCAUAUCAACAAAAAUGCAAUGCAAAAUAGAUGAUUUACCGGAUGAAUUAUUAGAAUAUAUUCUAAGUCUUAUUCCUCCUUAUAAAGAUUUACAAGAAUGCAGACUAGUCUCUAAAAGAUGGUGUCGUGCGACUAAGAAUGUUAUUGACCACAGUGAGGCACAUUUCCGUAAAGCUGUAUCAUGUGGUGCUUUGGUUUGGAAUCUUUGCCCGAAAAACAAUCAAAUCCAUAUGAUUAGCAAAAGACAUUCUCAUGCAGCUUGUAUCUAUGAAAAUUCAAUGUAUGUAUUUGGAGGAUGUACUGAUACUUUAACUGCAUUUAAUGAUUUGUGGAGAUUAGAUUUAGAUACGAGGACUUGGGUCAGACCAAUCACAAUGGGCAGCUAUCCAUCUCCAAAAGCUUGCGCUACUAUGUUGUAUUACAACAAGAAUUUUAUUCUUUUCGGUGGGUGGUCUUAUCCUUCUCGUUAUCCUCUACAUCAGGAAUGGAAAUUGUUUAACGAGUUGCAUGUCUAUUCUAUAGAAACAAAUAAAUGGAGUGCUAUUAAUACUUUAGAAACACCUCCGGCUAUGUCAGCUCAUUCGGCAACUAUUCAUGGAAAUAAUAUGGUUGUAUUUGGUGGUAUUCAUUGUGGCCUUCGUUCUAAUGACUUAUGGUGUUUAAACUUGGACACAUAUGUUUGGCAUAAACAACCAACAACAAUAAUCAAACCAAGACCACGUCAUGGUCAAUCACAGAUUUAUUUAGGAGAUAAGCAUUUUCUUGUGCUAGGAGGUUGUACUGGUCCUAAUUCAGCUAUGAAUGAUGCUUGGUUAUUAACUAUGACUGAGCCAACAUGGAAAUGGAGAAAAGUAACAUUAUAUCACCAAGAAUGGGCACCUGCCCGCAUUUGGUGUCAUCAAGCUUGCAAGAUUGGAAAUUAUAUCGUCGUAUUAAGUAACAACAAGCGACGUGCUAAAGUAAAUGACAUGAGUAUAGCAAUGCAAAAUGUUGCUUGUCAAAGACCAUGGAGAUUUCCUGAUUUAUCUCCUUUGCAAGAAAGCAAACAAAGACACAGAACGGAUGUAGAUACAGAUGAAAAUGUUAACGGUCGACAUGGAUCUUUCUCAAGAUCAUCCUCGCAAAGUAGAGCGAGUAAUACACCAUCGCGAAGAUCAAAUUUUUCUAGAAUCGUUCCAUUUUGUUGUGACAGUGCACUGAGCAUGGCAGCGUUUCGUGAUAAACCGACCACCAAUACUUUGAGCAUUAAUCGACAGCGGCAAUUGGAAAAUCUGAAAAAGAUGGAAGAAAAGAUAAGAAAUAGAAAGUUGCAAACAAAAAUUGCCAAAAGAACGGAGACCGCGUUAUCUAUAUUUAUUUUGGAUAUAAGCAAAGUAUUUGGUGAUAAAUGUAGCGCCACUUGGGUUCCAUUGAAGGAAAUCGAUCAGUCGGGACCUGAUGAAAGAAUUUUGUAUUCGCUUGUUAUGGGAAAAGGAGAGUUAAUUGUUUUUGGAGGCAUUCGCAAAGAACAUGCUACUAUUCAAAGUCACGCGGAUAUAGAUAAUUUAGAAGUGUAUAAUGAUUUACAUUUUAUAAAUCCACCUAAAUAUGUUAUAUAAUAUUAUAUAAAUAUGAACAUUGUGUUUUUGAGAUUCCUAUGUGUGAGAAUGAAACUAAAAUUGUCGUCUUUAUUAAUUUAAUAGUAAUAUGCCUAUAUAUUAUGUACGAUAUUAUCAGUGUCACAUCGUAUGUAAUUUUAUAUUGCUGAUAACAGUCUAUUAAUAUUCGUUUGCAAAUUAUAAUUUCUAAAUUAAAUCGGAAUAUAUAUUUAAUCUCAGAUAUUUAAUAAUAGAGUAUUUAAAUUUAAAAAGGAAACAAAUUCUAAUGUGUUUUGUCUCUCUUGUUAAGAAAUGUCAUAAAAAUAUUACUGGAAGUUAUUCGCUUCUAAAA